AUGUUAUCAAGUCCUUCAUCUAUUCUUGAUGAUUUUGAUGAAAAUUCAAAUGCUAAACAUUUAUAUUCAUCAUCAUUAACAAGUACAACUUCAAAUUAUCAUUCAUCAUUUAUUGAUGAUUUUUGUGAACAAGUUCAAAAAGAUGAAGAUUUUCCUUCAGAUGAUCAAUCUGAAGCAACAUCAACAAGUAAUUGUCGAACUACAGUUGAAUAUGAUCCAAGAUUAGCAUUAUUAAUUGAAAAAGAACUUGGUCUUAAUGAUCCACAAACAUCAAGAAAAAAUGCAUGGGGAAAUUUAUCAUAUGCUGAAUUAAUUGCUAAAGCCAUUGAAAAUAGUCAAAAUAAACGUUUAACACUUUCUCAAAUAUAUUCAUGGAUGAUUCAAUAUGUACCUUAUUUUCGUGAUAAAGGAGAUAGAAAAAGUAGUACAGGAUGGAAGAAUUCUAUACGUCAUAAUUUAUCAUUGCAUAAUCGAUUUGUUCGUAUUCCAAAUGAAAUAGCAGGUAAAUCAAGUUGGUGGACAAUUGAUCCUCGAGCAAAACAAGUUCGUGGUCGAAGACGAGUUCAAUCAAAUGAAAAUUCAACAAAAAGUGAAAGACGUCGUUUAACUAAAACAGUAUCAAAUGAUAAUUCAAAUCCAACAUCAUUUGAUUAUUUAUUUUCAAAUGAACAAAUUCCAUCAUCAUCAAAUGAUAUUUAUCCAUCAUCAUCAUCAUCAACAUCAAAUCAAAGAUCAUUUACAUCUGUUAGAGAUAUGAAUAAAAAUUUAUAUAAUCUUUUACAAAAUAAUUCUCAAGAUCAAUCAUAUACAUCAACACAACAAAUGCCAAAUAUAUUACAUGAUAUGUUAAAAUCAUCACCACCUUCGACAUCAAAUAAUAAUGACAAUAAUUUUAAUUCAGGUAUUGAUAGUACAUAUUCAUCAUUAUCAAAAUCUCCUUCAGCUAGUUCACAAUCUCCAUCACCUUCUCAUAGUGAUUAUGAAAUCGAUCAAAUGAUAUCAUCGAAAUUAAGUAAACAAUUAAAAACAAUGGAUCGUUCAAGUCCAUUAUUUCGUCGAAUGGUCGUUGCUAUAAUGCGUCAUCAAAUGAAUAAAUCAAAAACAAAUAAUGAAAGACGAAAAAUUCUUUCAACACCUCCAUCAAUUCCAUCCCCAUCACCAUCACCAUCAACUAAUUUAUUAUUUAAUCAAAUUCCACCAUCAUCUAUGGAUUUACAAAUACCUAAUAAUACACAAGAACCAAUUCCAAGUUCAACAUUUGAUUUAGAUGUUGAAGCAAUACUUGAUUUUGAACGAACGACAUUUGGAGAUUGUUCUUUUGAUAUACAUGACUUGCCCAAUUUGUGA